ACGCAGAUUUGAAUCCAGACCUCGAGGUAACACAAGAAGUCGGUAGAGCUAGCGAAAAUGGUUACACAAGCUCACAGACCAAAGAUCAGCUUCAAUCUUAAACCUCUUAUAUUGCUUCUUUGCAUGGGAGUAGCCAUGAAUGUCAAGGCCGCACAAAGACGUCUUCCUGUUGAUGAAGUUAAAGCCCUUAAAGAAAUAGCCGCAGAGCUGGGGAAGAAGGGCUGGAAUUUCCAUGUAGACCCAUGCAGCAAUGAUCCCAGUUGGGAAACACCAACGCUGAAAUUGGGUCCAAAAACGUACAACAAUUCAAUACUAUGCAAUUGUACAUACCCUGAUGGUGAAUGCCACGUGGUCGGACUAUUUCUUACCGGGCAGGAUCUUUCUGGUGUGCUUCCAACAUCCCUUGUGAAGCUGCCUCACAUAACGAAGCUUGAGUUGCAUCGAAACUAUCUGACUGGUACAAUUCCAUCCGCAUGGACUUCUCUAAAGUUGGAACGUCUGUCCACUGCUGUAAACAAGUUAUCGGGAAGAAUUCCGAGCUACCUGGGAAAAAUUACCACUCUUAGAUUUUUGAGCAUAGAGAACAAUAGGUUUUCUGGAACUGUUCCCCCUGAGCUUGGAAAGUUGGUUAACUUGGAGAAUCUUAUUCUCAAUGCUAACUUCCUCACUGGAGAGUUGCCAGUCAAUCUAACUUAUCUCACAAACUUAACUGAACUAGAUCUGAGCUUCAAUAGAUUGGAAGGAAAUGUUCCAAAGUUUGACGAUAGUGCAAAGUUGCAGCGCCUGUAUCUGACAAGCAACUUACUCAACGGGACAGUUCCGGACUGGAUCAAACGAAGAGAUAAUCACUAUGAUCUAGAUCUUUCUUACAAUAACUUCUUAGAGAGUUCUAUGUCACCAACUAAUUGUCGAGACACACUAAAUGUAUUUGAAAGCUUCUCUAGACGGGACUCAUCAGCUGGCCAGUGCUCGAAGAACCUUCCUUGUUCAAAAGACUGGAAUUCAGUGCAUAUAAAUUGCGGUGGAAACGAAUUCAGUAUUGGAAACAUUAAAUACGAAGCAGAUCUUGAUGCAUCAGGUGCCGCAAAAUUUAAUCCCACCACAGAGAAUUGGGGAUUCAGUUCCACUGGAAAUUUCUGGGAUGCUAACAGCAGCUCGAAUGAUUACAUAGCAAAUAAUGCGUCAGUACUAAGAAUGAACAGCCACGAAUUAUACACAAGCGCACGCCUCUCUCCUCUUUCUCUCACAUAUUAUGCGCGUUGCUUGGCAAAUGGAAAUUAUACCAUCACACUACACUUUGCAGAGAUAAUAAUAAGAGGAAACAGAUCUUUUUACAGUCUUGGAAGACGUAUAUUUGAUGUUUAUAUACAGGAUAAACUGGAGUUGAAGGAUUUUGAUAUCGAAAAUACUACAGGAGGGGUCGACAAAGCUUUAGUUAAGAAAGUUAAAGCAGUUGUGAGUAACAAAGUCUUACAUAUCCGCUUUCAUUGGGCUGGCAAAGGGACAACAAAUGCCCCAACAAGAGGAACAUAUGGUCCUCUCAUAUCGGCUAUCUCUAUAGAAAAUGAUAAUCCCCCUGAUAAUGUCAAAACCACAAUAUUCAUUGUGACUGGAGCUUUAGUGUUGGCGCUAUUACUCAUUUUAGGCAUUCUUUGGUGGAAAGGCUGCAUAGGAAGCAGGAUAUCGAGGGAAAAAGAUUUGAGAGGAUUAGAUCUGCAAACAGGUUUUUUCACUUACAGGCAAAUCAAAGCUGCCACAAACAACUUUGAUGCUUCAAACAAGAUUGGGGAAGGUGGUUUUGGAUCUGUAUACAAGGGUAUACUAUUAGAUGGUACCAUAAUUGCAGUUAAGAAACUUUCUUCAAAAUCGCGUCAAGGAAAUCGUGAAUUCGUGAAUGAAAUAGGCAUGAUAUCUACUUUACAGCACCCAAAUGUUGUUAGAUUGUAUGGAGGUUGUGUUGAAGGAAAUCAACUAUUCUUGGUAUAUGAAUACAUGGAAAACAAUAGCCUGGCUCGUCCUUUGUUUGGUCCAGAGCAAUACCAAUUAAAAUUGGACUGGCCUACACGGCAGAAAAUAUGCGUUGGCAUUGCAAAAGGCCUGACUUUCUUGCAUGAGGAAUCAACACUGAGAAUUGUUCACAGAGACAUUAAAACUACAAAUGUGCUAUUGGAUUCGAACCUUAAUCCAAAGAUUUCUGACUUUGGUUUGGCCAAGCUUGAUGAAGAGGAAAAAACCCAUAUCAGCACCCGAGUUGCUGGAACCAUAGGAUACAUGGCACCAGAAUAUGCAUUAUGGGGGUUUUUAACAUAUAAAGCAGAUGUCUACAGUUUUGGGGUCGUUACAUUGGAAAUUGUUGCAGGGAAGAGCAACAUGAAAUUUGGACCAAAUGAAAGUUAUGUAUGUCUUCUUGAUUGGGCUCUUGUUCUGCAACAAAAGGGUAAUCUAGUGGAGCUGGUGGAUCCAAAGUUAGGCUCUGAGUUCAACGUGGAGGAAGCAAUUAGAAUGAUCAAAAUAGCUUUACUAUGUACGAAUCCAUCUCUAGCUCUCAGACCCACAAUGUCUGCAGCAGUAAGCAUGCUUGAAGGCCAAACAGUUGUUGAUGAAGUUAUUAUGGAUCCAAGCGUAUAUGGAGAUGAAUAUAAGUUUAAAGUUUUAAGAGAGCAGUUCAAUCAGAUCCCACAAGAAUCGAUGGACUCAAUUGGACCUGAGAGCCAUAUUCAUUUGUCAGAUGCAACAUGGAUAGGAACUUCUUCUACGUCUGCCCAAGAUCUUUAUGAUCCACGUAAUCUUGAUACUCAGUAAUGGUAGCAAAAUAUUUCUCUCUGAUCAUGCAAAAUACUUUUUGUAAUAAAUUAGUGACUCAAUUUGCUUCAGCAAUCCACAAAGCUAAGGAACAUCUGUUUGUUUCAUUAUAAUUGAAAAUGAAAAGAUAAAAAUAUAUGAAGCUAGCUUUCUAUGUG